GAAUAAUUCAACUAGUGCCUAGUCUUAUCACUUAGACAUCAUAACUUGUCAAAAUGGGACCAUGGUGCAUCUUUGUGUUAUGUAUUGCUGCUGCAUAUGGGGAAUUGUGUGACAAUGACCACAAGAAAAAUGAAAUAAUACACAAAAUAGACGAUUAUUUUAAGCAUCACCAUAACCAAGAGCUGCUUAAACAUGUUCUGGAGCAUUACAUCUACCCUGAUAUGUACAUUGUCGAUCUUGGGAGGCAUUACGAGGUAUUACAGCAAGAGCACCACCACCACGAACACCACAAACCCCCACACCACCACCACACAUCUACUAUAUUUGGGAAAAGAAGCCACAGUCAACAUGAGAUAGAACAUCUCACUAAAGAGUUGGAGCAUUUAGUGAAGGAAAUGGUUGAUCUGAAUGACGCAUGCGUACUUGACAUUGUUUACUUUGUUGAAGGGAAGCUUGGUCUGUCGCAUCUUGGUAAAACCACUGUUCCGACCCAUGCACCGCCCACUACCCACGCAGUUCAUCACACCACCACAACCACCACUAUAACCACCAAACCGCCAGUAACAACCACCAAACCGCCGGUAACAACCACACUACCGCCGCUCAACGUCCCGCAUGUGUGUAACGGUCUAGAAUUUGUGCAAGCCGUUGCUAUCGGUAACACUGUUCUGAACCCCCGAGCUGGAUUGUGUACGGAUGGAACCCACAGCCAAUCAGAAGCGCUCGUCCUGAACACGUGCCACGCAGACUCCCCAGCAACCUGGAAGAGUGGAUAUAAUGUAAUGCAGAACUGUGACAGAAUCCCGAAGUAUACCCCAAUAGCCACCUUUCUGUUUGGAAUGUACUCUAUGGACGGGUCCUCCCUGUCCGGCGUGUUUAUCAACUGUACACCGAACGGAUUCAAGAUGGCCGUACAAGUUUGUGGACACGGUCCUUUGAUAUUUGAGGUACAAACCGGGCUGAAUCACAGUGGGCGCGAGAACCCUUACAAUUAUUAUACUGUAAAUUGGUGAUUUUUGCUGAUAAUAAAUAACAACAAUUAAAUUAAA